CCUUUUACUUGUGUCAACUUUGCGUCGGCCGGCAUGCACUAGGCUUAUAAAUUUGACAGCCCGACCGAGGGUGGUGACUUUGCGUUGUUCAGACAGCCGGAGACGAACGAAGAGUGUCCCGCCCUCAGACCCGUCCGAUUCUGAGCAUUGUCAUCACCCGCAAAGUCCUAACUGCGGUCGAGCCGUCGAAUGCUGAAGACUUCAACUGAGUAUUUUACUUUUCUAUUUGACACUUUGCUCGCAAAAUGAUUUGAUUUUUGAGCUCAGAAAAGUCUUCAAGUUGGGAGCAACUGCGGCAGCAUGUACCGGCGUCUUUAUCAUCACCACAGAAGCUGCAAUCCUUCAUCACCUUAGGGAACAUCAUAUCGAAAUGGACGUCGAGGAUCUUCACCGCCAUCUGUCCUCACCCAGCAGCCCGGCUGAAACUUGGACCAGUUCGGUCUCAGACUUGCCCCUGUCCCCUACCGUCUUGGAGUAUGAAUCUUCUCGGCUUGAGGAGGAAACUGGCGGACUGCAGGAGGAGGAAGACGGACCGACCAUCAAAGAUUGUGAGACAAAGUCGGGCAAGGGAAAGCCCACCUACCACCGCCACCCCAAGCCGCCAUAUUCCUACAUCGCCUUGAUCGCUAUGGCUAUCCGAGACUCGCCCUCAGGCCGACUCACCUUAGCCGAGAUCAACGAAUACCUGAUGAAGAGAUUCGCCUUCUUCAGAGGUCCCUACACCGGCUGGAGAAACUCGGUCCGCCACAACCUGUCACUCAACGAGUGUUUCGUCAAGAUUCUACGGGACCCAGCCCGUCCCUGGGGCAAGGACAAUUACUGGACCAUCAACGAGGACAGCGAGUACACCUUUGCAGACGGAGUGUUCCGUAGGCGCCGUAAGCGCCUCUCCCGAAGCAACGAGCGGGAGAACGAGGAGAGGCGGCAGAAGAGCCGUGGACAGUCCGGGGCCACUGCCGACAAACCACGGUCCAAAUUCACCGGUCCGUUUAGCAUCGACAGUAUAUUAGGUUUUACAAAAUGCAGCAGAGGCCCAACUGAUCAGAGGAACAAUGAUCAAGGCAACCAAGGUGUUGCUUCGUUCAAUCUCUGCACUCCGUCAAACCAGCCAUCCCCGAGCCGGCUCAGCUCGCCUAAAUGUCCUCCGAGCAACGCACCGACGAACCCAAAGAGUGCCUACAUGGUCUACCCGAGUCCCCGAGGUGUUCCCAUUGCCUGGGUGCCCCAGACUCCCAAGUAUUGCCCCUUCCCAUUACUCGGUGAUGUGCCGUUCCCGCACCCUACCCUGCCUAUCAAGAUGGCCGAAAUCUUUCACCAUCAUCACCAGGCACGCGCUAAGAAGCGAGGACGCAGUAAUCACCAGGCCAUUGCCAACGACGAAGCCAGCGCAUCGCAUGAUCCAACACAUACCGAUAUGAUCUGGCCGAUGGGACGUCUGACUGCGGACCCAUUCCCCUAUCAAACAAUACAUCUCUCCGUUGCCAAGUGCAGGCAGAAUCAACAGAGGGCGCCAGACUUUCAUAUUGACAACCUUCUGUCUUGAACUUGACCUUGUAACGUUGGCUCCAUAGGCCCCGAGGUGCAAUAUUAAAAUUGGAUGCUCUGAAAGUAUAGAAACCACUCUAAGUGGUUCAGAAUAGUCAGUAAAAUGUCAACACAAUUUAUAGAAAAGUGUGCCGAUAAAGUGUUUCGUUUGCGUAUUUCGUGACGUAGAUAUCAGGUCUAAUAGUUUUUACAAAGACAUGAGGCAAACCUUGAAAUAAACUUUUGUGUUGUGAGCCUUGUUUUUUGAGAAUGCAAAGGUACAUGAAAAUGAUAGGAAUUGUUAUAGUAAACACGGAUUGCUAUAGUGCCGAAUUGAUUACAGUGUGCAAUCAAUCAAGUUGUAAAAAAACCACAUAAAUUAAACAGAUAGAAUAGAGAUUUCCUUGGUAAUUGUUACAAUGAGCAUGUUUUGUGUUGCAUAGGCAAUACUGCUCGUUUGUUUCAAAGUGUUGAUAAGUAAGACGUGGUCAGAAAAAAAGGAUUGAUAAGAACAAUCGGAAAGGGACUCUGUGUAACUCACUUGUUGAGAAGGAAAUUUUGACCAAAGG